UUACUCAACAUGCCCAGAACCACAUACUGAAAAAACUUCUUAAAACUAUGGUUCUUCCAUAAGAGCCCGUGUUAAAUUCAUCAUUCCCUUUGAAGUCCCUCCUGUGCGCGGGGAGAGUUACGCCGAGCAUUGUUUUAAGCGGUCUUAUGGCGUAGUGCAGGACGACGGCGCUGCUCUCGUAUUUCAGUGGCAACCAGUGGAUCGUACUGUAAUUUGUGACAAAACAGAAAUUUGUCCGUAUGGCAAAUGAUGGGCAAAUGUUGGCUGAUGUAGUUAAAAACGUGCACAGGCGAUUGCGUCAAGAAUUGUAUAAAUCUGGUGAUAUGGAAUCUGUCUGGAUGAAUCAUUGUAGAAAUGUGUCAUGUUUAAAGAAAUAUGCAAGCAGCAUGCAUAAACUUGCAACUGAACAUUGGGAGCAACUUCGAGUUUAUAAUCCAACCACAUCAAGAAUCAACUGGACUUGGUCAUUUCUCAAAUAUUACUUCUUUGCUGGUGGUUUGCAACUGCACAGACAGAAAUCCAACACAGAUACCGAGUGGUCAAAAUUUAUAUUGCAAAAUUCAAAGGUAACAGUAUUAGAUGUGGGAAGCUGUUAUAACCCAUUUGGAGAAUAUGAAGAACUUAAUGUUCUUCCAAUAGAUCUGUACCCAGCCCUAGAAUCAGUUUACCAGUGUGACUUUCUUAACGUUCCUCUUGGAAAAACAACAGUGAUAGAUGGUCAAAAUGUAUUAAGUUUGGCAACCAACCAAUUUCAUUGCAUAGUUUUUUCAUUUUUGCUGGAAUAUUUUCCUUCUCCAAGUCAACGAUGGACUUGCUGUGAAAAAGCCAACUUGCUGUUGUUGAGAGAAGGAAUACUCAUAAUCAUCACUCCUGAUUCUAAAGCAGCUCACUCAAACUCGAAAGUGAUGAGAAGUUGGCGAGAAGCUCUUAGUGUCAUAGGGUUUAAGCGCAUCAAGUAUGAAAAGCUGCAACAUGCUCAUUGUAUGGCCUUCCGUAAAAAUUCGGUUGAGACAGAACUAAAAGCCGACGAUCGCGAACUUUUAGCAUCAAAAAUGUAUAUCCCGCAGGAUUUUUACAACCCCAGUGAUUCAGAGAACGAGGAAAAGGAUGAAAUCAAGUUUACAGAAGCAGAAAUUGCCGAAGGAUUCAGUAAUUUGCCAAUGUUUGAUGAAUGAAUAAAAAAGUUUUGAAACAACCAAUUACUGUUUUAUUCAACGAAACGUAGCGAUACGUGCGCACACACAAAAAAGGAGAUAGAUUCGAGAAAGGGUGAAAUCCUGAACGAUGCUGCUUCUGUUUUUGUUUUUUUUUGGUGUAGCACACGCGAAAAAGGUUGCGGUGCAUAGAAAACCAGAUCACGAUUCAGUGAAUCAUAGGCCUCUAGGCUAACAGAGUAGGCAUUGGAAAGAAAAAAACACGUCUUGUGCGGUUCACAUAGGAUACCAUAAAAUGCUAGAAAACAAGCAAAUCCAGCCUUCAAUAGGAUUCAUAUUCCAUAAAAGAUCAACAUGGAUCGAACAAAACAGCCUUACAAUGCAAGUGAUGUGAGUGAGUAGUUACCGAAGGUCUGAGAGUAUUGGGAAACAGGCAGAUGACAACGGUAAAAGAAAAAGUAUAUAUAGAAAA